GCAGUCGCCUGACCUAGCCACAAAAGUGACAUUUCUAGCAUUGUUCCUUGAGUUACCGAGGAGAGGAGGAGUCCUAUUUGUGCAUGCACCUGUUGCCCUCUCAUAUAAAUAAAGGAGACAAUCGCAUUCGAAUCACAUCUCAGGUACCCACCAAAGCAGUGAGCAACCAACAUGAAGACUGCCUUCGUGAUUGUCUGCAUUGUGGCCAUGGCCGGCGCUGCUGCUCCGCGCGACAAGAGAGGCUACGCCGUCGCCGCCGCCCCCGCCGUCUACCAAGCCGCGCCGGCCCUCUACCACGCUCCAGCUCCCGCUGUAUACCACGCUCCUGCUCCCGCCGUGUACCACGCUCCGGUGGCCUACCACCCUGCACCCGCCGUGGCUGUAGCUGCCCCCGCGUACCAUGCUCCGCUGGCCUAUCACGCCCCCGCGAUGGCCUACCCCGUCGGCUACACUGGAUACAGCGGAUACAGUGGAUACACCCUGCACCGCCGCUAAUCACCAACACCACCCCGGCACGCGGAAUAAUUUAAGCAUUUCUUUUUUAAAUAUUUUGGAACAAAAAUAUGAGUACCGAUGAUGUCUUUUACAAGAAAUCUGAGUUUUAAUCAAAAUACAAGUCUGGUUAAAGGAUAGUUUUGUCUUUUGUAUCUUAUACUGAUAUGAUUUACAGCGCAUGUAGCUUAUUUUCUAUAAAAAAGUUUGUAUCUCUUUCAUGUUUACGUAAAUGUGCAAUCUCUUUCAUAUAAAAUAAAUUAGGUGUUUGCCACACAUACAAUAAUCA